UUAUAAUAAAAGAAUUAUAUAUUUAAUAUUUCUCUAAAGAGAAGGAAAUUUUACAGUUAGUCCAGAUUCUCAGAUGGAGGAAAUAAAUAUGUUUAAAGGAGAGGAUAACCGAAUCACAUUUCAGAGAGUAUACACUAAAACUUUCAAGUGUGUCUAUCAGCUUCAAAUGUAUCCUUUUGAUACCCAAGUAUGCACAGCUAAUCUUAUAUUAAGAGAAUCAGAUAGAUUAUCUGUGAGGAUUAAACCUGAUAUGCUCUGGAUGGAAGGAGAUACUACACUAACACAGGAAUAUAAUUUAAGAUUUAAAAAAUUUAUUCAAUAAUUAUUUUGAAAAAAUUAAUAAUUUUUUAUUUAGUACAUUAUCACCCACUGGAUGUUGAACUACACAAAUCAGAAUGAUUAUGAUAAAGGAGUGAAGGUUGUGUUGGUAUUAAAAAGAAGAAUUAUAAAUGAAAUGAUGACAACAUAUUUACCAACAGUGCUGAUCUUGAUCAUUGUCUACAGCACAAACUUCUUUAAACACUUCUUCUUUGAAGCAGUUGUUACAGUUAAUCUUACAGCUCUUCUAGUACUAACUACUCUCUUUAUAAGUGUUUCAGGAUCCUUGCCCCCAACAGCAUAUGUGAAACUGGUUGAUGUUUGGUUGAUAUUUGCUCAAAGUAUUCCGUUCUUUGAGGUUCUUCUUCAUACAUUCAUUGACAACAUGAGAACUGAAGAUUCUGAGAGUCGUGAAAUUAAUCAUCAUGGGGUUAAAAUAACUGUUAACUCGAAAGACGAAGAGAAAAAGAUUGAAACGGACAACAUGAACAACAAUGCUCCUAGAUUAAAUAGGAAAAUCUUUGUUCGAGAAAUUGUCAACUCCGAGAAUCUAACAAACAGAAAUGAAGAAAUUCUUGUUAAAGCAAGGCAAUUGUUUUAUAAAAAUGCAAUUAGUAGAGAAGUAUGGGUGAAUGUUGGAGAAAUAACAGCAAUAUUGAUAAUUCCAAUUUUUAUAAUUGUUUUCUCAAUCAUCUACUGGUGGUAUGGACUUUCUCAUUACUUAUCAAACGAAUUCAGUCUUAGCUAGAUGGAAAUCAACUUUAUGAUUAGUGUGAAUAAUAAUAAAGUUUAAACAUA